AUGCACCACCUUUGGUGGUGGGCCCUGCUGCUCCUCUGCGGGGCAGCAUCCCUGGACGACCGACAGCAGUUCGGCAAAUUCCUCCAGCAGCUGAAGCGCAAGCCCACACAUGGCGAAGGAGGCAUCCCGCGCCUCCUCUUCACGUCGCACCGGACGCCGCGCGCCGAGCUGCCCCCGAAGCUCCGGGAGAACGUGGACGCCUGGCGGCGCCUGAACCCGAGUUUCGCCUUCCGUUACUUCGACGACGCCGCCCAGUCGAAGUUCAUGCGCGAGACCUGUGCAGUGCCGCGCUGCCUCGAGGCUUACGACGUCCUCGUCUCCGGCGCGGGCAAGGCGGAUCUCUUCCGCAUCGCGUAUCUAUACUACGUGGGCGGGUGGUGGGUCGACGCGGAUCUCAAGCCGGGGCCCAUCGCGGAGAACUGCGACCUCGCGUACCCGGAGAAGCUCCUGCUCGUGGCGGAGCGCCACGGCAUGCCGCGCUUCAUGAUCUUGGCAGGGAACGGCCACCCGCUGCUAGCCAAGACGCUCGCGACGCAGAUUGCAAAUGUCUUCCGCAACCACAGGCGCAGCCCGGAGAACCGCCGCAACACGUUGUUCGUCACGGGGCCGUCGACGCUUGCGAAGAGCAUCUGCGACGAGCUCGGCGCGGACUUAGGGAGUCCGCACUGCGGCCGGGGCCGCUUCGUGGGCUUCGCCGGCGCGACGAAGCUAGCCCCGUUCGCCGCGCGCGCCUUCGCCGGCGGCUUCCGCAUGGACACGUGCUCCGAGUUCUGGUUCAGCCCCUUCCCCGAUUUCGACCACAAGCGCGAGCUGCGGAGCAUGAACCUGACGCACUACAGCCUCCUGCGCACGGCGAGGUAG